AUGGGAAGUAUGUUUGGCAAAAAUAAAAAAUUAUCAUCUCAACAAACGCAACUUUAUAGUCAACAAACUCAACUACAACCAUAUGUUAUUCAACAAAUCCAUGAUGCAUUUACAGAUCGAGCAGGAAAAAAUGGACGGAUGAAUGUGAACGAAUUUAAAAUAGCAUAUCCACAAAUGAAUCCAAAUGCGAAUAUGUAUAAUAUGGAUAUGGAAGCAGAACGAAUCUUCAUGAUGUUCGAUACUGAUCGUAAUGGUAAAAGAAAAAUACGAACAAAAAAAAAAGAACAUUAUUUUGCUAAUUUAAUUAAUUUUUCAUAA